AUGUCCGCACCAAAGCCAACCAUGAGAUGGAACAUUAUCAGCAAAGCUCAGAACGGUCUCUACUACCUGGAACAUGUGGAGUUCGAGUCUGGGUGCUCGGAAGCGGUUGUCUUCGAGCAAAUUCAGCAACUGUGCUUGCCGCAAAGGAAGACAUUCAGCCAGAGAGUGUCGUCUCUUCUGUACUCGCCGGUUGUGUAUACCACGACCGUGAUCAAGGGACGCAACUCGACCGAGAGUAAGGACAUCGAAGCCCAGUCUCAUGCUUGCGAGGUCUUCGUCAAAAGCAAACGCUACAGCGAAGCGUACACCCUCGCGCUUCGAACCCCAGUCAGGUUCGAGAAGGAAAAGACUCCGAGCUUCUUGACCAAUCGCGCGCACUUCGAAGCCAGUCGGAAACACGAGCAGAUUAUACACGGUCUAUUGGUUGUUCAAGAAAUCCGACACGCCAAAGUGGCUGUUCUCUUUGGAGUGCUUGCACUCCUGUCUGUCGGGCGAUAUGGUGUAAUUUUGGAUGCCGGUUCAUCUGGCACCCGAGUGCAUAUUUACCGAUGGCUCAACUCGCAGCGAGCGCGGAAGGAAGCCGAUGAACUUGAGCUCAACAGUCUGCCGCAGCUCGAGACCAAGAAGAAAUGGACGCGGAAGAUCAAGCCAGGUGUCUCGACCUUUGGCGACAAGCCAGAGCUGGUCGGACCAGACCACUUGAAAGGCCUUGUCGACCACGCCCUCGAAUACAUCCCCGAUGACCAAGUCAAAGACACGCCCAUCUUCCUCCUCGCUACAGCUGGUAUGCGCCUACUCCCCGACGUCCAACGAACUCAAGUCCUCGACAAUAUCUGCUCCUACCUACAACGGAAUACUCAAUUCCAGCUGCCCGACUGCGGUUUACACAUCCAGGUCAUCCCUGGCGAAACAGAAGGAUUAUAUGGAUGGAUAGCUGCAAACUAUCUACUCGGUGCUUUUGACGCCGACGCCUCCAAGACACAUCUCCACGGCAAGGACCACCACACUUACGGUUUCCUGGACAUGGGAGGUGCUUCUGCUCAGAUUGCAUUCGCCCCCAACGCAACCGAAGCCGAGAAACACGCCGAAGAUCUGAAGCUACUACGCAUGCGCAAAGUCAAUGGCGACCCUAUCGAGUACAAAGUCUUUGUCACCACUUGGCUGGGCUAUGGUGUCAACGAGGCUCGUAGACGUUACAUCGAAUCACUAACAACAGCAAGUCCCGGUAUCGCAGAGCUGCCUGAUCCGUGUCUUCCUACUGGUCUUGAAGUCACCAAAUCUGGUCAUGCCAUCUCCCCCGAUUCUCACGAGGCUGCUGGAAAAGAAACAUAUCUAUUGGGAACUGGCAAGUUCCCCGAAUGUCUGUCAAAAACAUAUCCCUUGCUGGACAAGGAUGCACCAUGUCUGGAUCCGCCAUGUUUGCUGCACGGUGUACACGUUCCUGCAAUCGACUUUGACGUCAACCAUUUCGUCGGUGUUUCCGAAUACUGGCACACCACUCACGAGAUCUUCGAAAUGGCUCACAAAGACAAGGCUUACGAUUUCAACACUUAUCAACAACGCGUUCUGGAGUUUUGCAGUCAGGACUGGAAAUCAAUACAACAAGGUGUAAAAGAUCAAAAGUGGGGGCUGAAGGUUACGGCGGAAAAGGCUGCUGAAGUCUGCUUCAAGGCCAGUUGGAUGAUCAAUAUGCUGCAUGAUGGUAUCGGUAUCCCCAGAGUUGGUCUGGAAGCUACAAAAGGCGGUCACAAUGGUACAAAAGCUGUCAUUGACGGAGCAAAAGAGAAGGGCUUCCUGGAUCCAUUCCAAGCAGUAAACAAAAUAAACGAUGUUGAAGUCAGCUGGACCUUAGGAAAAAUGGUUUUGUACGCCGCCUCACAAGUACCGAGUCCUGACGACAAAGCACUGGCAGUUGGUUUCGGCAGCAACAUUGCAGGCUCGACUCUCCCCAAAGACUUCCAAUUUGCUGGUGGCAAUUCUAAGCCUUUACCCACCGACCUCGAGGAUGACGACGUAGACUGGCACGACAAACUCUUCGCCUCGAGCUCCUCACGCCGCCUCCCUGGUUUCCUCCUGCUCCUUGUAAUCCUCCUCAUCGCCGCAUUCCUUCUCUGCGGACGCGACAGACGCAACUCCCUGCUUCGCAAAGCAGGUUUCUCUCCGCCCAGCGGCAAAAACAGCAAGCGCAAAUCUGCCAACACUGUGACCAACAGCUUGAACAAACUCUUCGGCGGCACCUCCCACUCGGGGCCCCAGUAUGAACGCGUAUUGGAAGGAGGCCUAGGGCCCGACCCCUCAGACUUCGAACUCGACGACAUGGACGCAGACUCCGACUCCGACAACAACAGCGCAGGCCGCACUUCAGGCUGGGCAACCCCCAAAGCACCCAACGGUUUCAGCAGCCCUGUCUUGCACUCAUCCCCACGUUCUGCCAGGGUAAAUCUCUACAAUGCCAACAACUCUGCUCCAUCUGGUGGUUACUUUGACGGCAAUGCUGCUCAUGCGUCUAGUCAGCUUUCUGUAGCUGCUACGCCUGGAGCACUAUGGAACACUCUAGAGGCUAUUCGCUAA